AUGGGCUCCCCGCGGAUGCCCCAGCUCCUGUCCCAGAUGGUGAUUCUGGCGCUUAUUUUCCUUCCCCAGGCAAGGCCGGCCGGCGUCUUCGAGCUGCAGAUCCUCUCCUUCGGGCCGGGCCCAGGCCCGGGGACCCCGCGGUCCCCCUGCGGCUCCCGGGGCCCCUGCCGCCUCUUCUUUAGGGUCUGUUUGAAGCCAGGAGUCUCCGAGGAGGCCGCUGAGUCUCCGUGCGCCCUGGGCGCGGCGCUGAGCGCGCGCGGACCCGUCUACACCGAGCAGCCCGGAGCGCCGGCGCCUGACCUGCUGCUGCCCGACGGCCUCAUGCGCGUGCCCUUCCGGGACGCCUGGCCGGGCACCUUCUCUCUCAUCAUCGAAACCUGGAGAGAAGAGUUAGGAGAACAGAUCGGAGGGCCCGCCUGGAGCCUGCUGGCGCGCGUGGCCGGCCGGCGCCGCCUGGCGGCCGGGGGCCCGUGGGCCCGGGACGUGCAGCGCGCAGGCGCCUGGGAGCUGCGCUUCUCGUACCGCGCGCGCUGCGAGCCGCCCGCCGUCGGCGCCGCGUGCGCGCGCCUCUGCCGCCCUCGCAGCGCCCCCUCGCGGUGCGGCCCGGGACUGCGGCCCUGCGCGCCGGCCGAGGAGGACUGCGAGGCCGCGCCGGCCUGUCGAGCCGGCUGCAGCUCCGAGCACGGCUUCUGUGAGCAGCCCGGUGAAUGUCGCUGCCUGGAGGGCUGGACUGGGCCCCUCUGCACCGUCCCUGUCUCCACCAGCAGCUGCCUCAGCCCCAGGGGCCCAUCCUCUGCCACCCCUGGAUGCCUCGUCCCUGGGCCUGGGCCUGGGCCCUGUGAUGGGAACCCGUGUGCCAACGGGGGCAGCUGCAGUGAGACCCCGGGGUCCUUCGAGUGCGCCUGUCCCCGUGGCUUCUACGGGCUGCGGUGCGAGGUGAGCGGGGUGACGUGCGCGGACGGACCUUGCUUCAAUGGCGGCUUGUGUGUGGGCGGCGCAGACCCCGACUCCGCCUACAUCUGCCACUGCCCGCCCGGGUUCCAGGGCUCCAACUGCGAGAAGAGGGUGGACCGCUGCAGCCUGCAGCCGUGCCGGAACGGCGGGCUCUGCCUGGACCUGGGCCACGCCCUGCGCUGCCGCUGCCGCGCCGGCUUCGCGGGGCCGCGCUGCGAGCACGACCUGGACGACUGCGCCGGCCGCGCCUGCGCCAACGGCGGCACGUGCCUGGAGGGCGGCGGCGCGCGCCGCUGCUCCUGCGCGCUGGGCUUCGGCGGCCGCGACUGCCGCGAGCGCGCCGACCCGUGCGCCGCGCGCCCCUGCGCCCACGGCGGCCGCUGCUACGCCCACUUCUCCGGCCUCGUCUGCGCCUGCGCGCCCGGCUACAUGGGCGCGCGCUGCGAGGUCCCCGUGCGCUCCGACGGCGCGCCCCACGGCGCAGGCGCGCUGCCCGCGGCCCCGCCCGGCCCGAGGCCCGGGGAUCCGCAGCGCUUCCUUUGGCCGCCGGCUUUGGGACUGCUGGGGGCCGCGGGCUUGGCCGGCGCUGUGCUCUUGCUGGUCCACGUGCGACGCCGUGGCCCUGGCCGGGAUACUGGGUCUCGCUUGCUGGCGGGGACCCCGGAGCCGUCGGUCCACGCGCUCCCUGACGCGCUCAACAACCUGAGGACGCAGGAGGGUUCCGGGGACGGCCCCAGCCCGUCCGCAGAUUGGAAUCGCCCUGAGGAUGGAGACUCUCGUGCGAUCUACGUCAUAUCUGCUCCUUCCGUCUAUGCUCGGGAGGCCUGAGCUGCCCUUCUCCAUCAGCUCCUGGAGACAGAACCCGGAUCUUUUUGGAUUAACUUGGUGGUGCCCGAUCUCUGCCUCAGACACUUUGCAGUUGAAGCGGGAAGGGGUGGCUGGGAGAAUUUUCCCCGAAAGUUGUACAUAACGGUUAUUUAUAUCCUGUUUUUCUCUCUCCCCGUCUCUCCAGAGGCGUUUAUAAAGGCUCUUAUUUUGAUCAG